CGGCCCUUAAGCAGUUACACGUGACCGAAGAAACAAAUAGGGAGUGGUAUAAUAAGCUCUAUUUUCACGCACCAUUUAUCACUAUCUAAAACCCCCUUCUCCGAUCUGACUCCUAUCCGGUCCCAAUUUUGCAGAUUCCACCGAUCUCGCACCAGAUUUGGAUCUUCAUUUUUAUGGUACCAGUUAGGUAAUCUGGUGAAGCAGAAGGAGGAUUAUUAGGAAUUGACCUUGGAUUUGAUUUGAUUUGAUUCAGCAAUGGCUGCUCCUGUGCCUCCAGGGGCACCUAGACCCGGCAGUAACACAGCACAGCCACCUCCUCCUAAUUACAUCCCUAAUAUUAGGGGAACACCCGAUGCACUAGCUGAUAAUAUGCACAAUUUGAAUCUUAAUCGCCCUCCUAUGACCUCAAAUCCUGUUUCUAGACCUCCACCCUUUGGCCAGCCACCGCCUUUUGCUUCUUCGGCUCCUACGCCAGGGAUCCCUGGGGCCUCACCGCAAUUUUCACGACCCGGUCCACCUCCUGGAGCGAUGGUGAGGCCUGCAGGGCCUCCUACUGGACAGCCAUUGUCCACAUUACCAUCAAAUGUUGCCCCUGGAAGGCCUACUGGGCCACCGCCUGGUCAACCUCCGUCUUUUGUGUCAAGACCCCCUCCCAAUUCUCUCCCACCAUCCGUGGGUAGUGUUGCUGCCCCAAUUUCUGGGGUUCCUCCUCCGGGUGGUUCUCCACAAAUGCGUCCACUUGUGCCACCUCCAUCAACUAUUGGUGCUCGUCCAGUUCCUAGUCCAAGUCCUUUUACUUCGCCUCCGAUGAAUACUCCCCAAGGCCCUAGUCCAAGUCCUUUUAUUUCACCACCAAUGAGUGCUCCCCCAGGUAUACCCCCUGCAAGUGCACCUGUUAAUUUGCUGAAUAAUGGGCCACCUGUAUUUUCUGCUGGGGCCAUGCCAGGUCCCCAACGCUUUCCUGUUGGCAGUGUGCCACAACCUUCAGUUGGACCUCUGCCAACAAUGAGAGCUCCUCCAGGCCCAGCUGGUCAACCCCAGCCCCCAUAUCCCAUGGCAUCUCAAGGAAUAAUGCAGCCUCCAAGUUCACCUUUUGGAGCACCUUCUUGGCAGAUGCAAUCCCAGCAGGUAGGACCACCUCCUCCAGUUCCUGGUACUUCACAGCCUCCUAGGAUGUUUGGCAUGCCACCACCGCUUCCAAAUCAAUCUAUGACUACUACUAUAUCACCUUCUGUUGGUCAAACUGGAGCCCCUAUGGCAGGUCCUUCCAAAAUUGAUCCCAAUCAAAUUCCAAGACCUACUCCAGGUUCCUCAGUGAUCUUGCAUGAAACUCGGCAAGGCAACCAGGCAACCAUUCCUCCGCCUGCUACAAGUGAUUUCAUAGUAAGAGAUACAGGGAAUUGCAGUCCACGUUAUAUGAAGUGCACAAUCAAUCAGGUUCCUUUCACUGCUGAUCUUUUGACAACGUCAGGAAUGCAGUUGGCUAUGUUAGUCCAACCUUUGGCCCUUCCACACCCAUCUGAGGAGCCCAUUCAAGUUGUUGAUUUUGGGGAGAGUGGUCCUGUUCGUUGUUCACGUUGCAAGGCAUACAUAAAUUCCUUCAUGAAAUUCAUUGACCAAGGAAGGCGCUUCAUCUGCAAUUUGUGUGGAUUUAGUGAUGAAACUCCACGGGACUACCACUGCAAUUUAGGUCCUGAUGGUCGGCGUAGAGAUGCUGAUGAAAGACCUGAGCUGUGUAGAGGAACAGUUGAGUUUGUUGCAACAAAAGAAUUCAUGGUCCGUGAGCCAAUGCCUGCUGUGUACUUCUUUCUCAUUGACGUAUCCAUGAAUGCUGUUCAAACUGGUGCAACAGCUGCAGCUUGCAGUGCCAUAAAUCAAGUUAUUUCGGACCUUCCUGAGGGUCCUCGCACAUUGGUAGGAGUUGCAACUUUUGACUCAACAAUUCAUUUCUACAACUUGAAACGUGCAUUGCAACAGCCACUGAUGCUUAUUGUUCCUGAUGUCCAAGAUGUUUAUACUCCCUUGCAAACUGAUGUAAUUGUUCCACUAUCUGAGUGCCGUCAACACUUAGAAUUACUUCUGGAAAGCAUUCCUACCAUGUUCCAAAGUAAUAGAACCUCUGAAUCAGCCUUCGGUGCAGCCAUCAAGGCAGCUUUCCUUGCAAUGAAGGACACCGGAGGAAAGCUGCUGGUUUUCCAGUCAGUCUUGCCAUCUAUAGGCAUUGGUGCACUUUCGGCACGGGAGGCUGAGGGUAGAACAAAUAUCUCUGCAGGUGAAAAGGAAGCCCAUAAAUUACUUCAACCUGCAGAUAAAGCGUUCAAGGAACUGGCAGUUGAAUUUGCCGAGUAUCAGGUUUGUGUUGAUGUGUUUGUCACUACUCAGACUUACGUAGACAUUGCUUCCAUAUCUGUUAUCCCACGGACUACUGGUGGACAGGUCUAUUACUAUUACCCCUUUUCAGCUCUUUCUGAUACGGCUAAACUUUACAAUGAUCUUAGAUGGAACAUUACUAGGCCACAAGGUUUCGAGGCUGUUAUGCGUGUGAGGUGCAGUCAGGGUAUUCAAGUGCAGGAAUACCAUGGCAAUUUCUGUAAACGCAUCCCAACUGAUGUUGACUUACCUGGGAUUGACUGUGACAAAACUUUCAUGGUAACUUUGAAACAUGAUGAUAAGUUGCAAGAUGGAUCAGAAUGUGCUUUUCAGUGUGCCCUUCUUUACACAACUGUAUAUGGCCAAAGAAGAAUUCGUGUCAUAACCUUAUCUCUGCCUGUCACUAGUAUGCUCAGUAAUCUGUUCCGCGCAGCUGACUUGGAUACUCAAUUUUGCUGUUUCUUAAAGCAAGCUGCUAGUGAGAUUCCUUCAAAGCCACUCCCACUUGUUCGGGAACAAGUGACCAACCUUUGCAUCAACGCACUAUUUUCAUACCGUAAAUUUUGUGCUACGGUGUCCUCGUCUGGACAACUGAUUCUUCCAGAGGCACUAAAGCUUUUGCCCUUGUACACACUUGCAUUAACCAAGAGUACAGGGUUGCGAACUGAGGGAAAGAUAGAUGAACGAUCAUUUUGGAUAAACUAUGUUUCCUCUAUCUCUGCUCCAUUAGCAAUUCCACUUGUGUAUCCUAGGAUGGUGGCUAUCCAUGAUCUUGACUCAAAGGAAGAUGAAGAGUCUGUUAUUCCUGCCUUUCUUCCUCUUUCUAGUGAACACAUAAGUGAUGAUGGAGUAUAUCUUCUUGAGAACGGUCAUGAUUGUUUGAUAUAUGUCGGAGACUCUGUGAGUCCAGACAUUGUGCGGAAACUGUUUGGUGUUGCUACAAUUGAUGAAGUCCCUACUUUGUUUGUAUUGCAGCAGCAUGACAAUCCACUAUCAAAGAAGUUAAAUGAAGUGGUAAAUGAGAUAAGGCGGCAAAGAUGUUCCUACCUCCGGUUGAAGCUCUGCAGGAAAGGAGAUCCAUCAGGAAUGUUAUUCUUCUCAUAUAUGAUAGAAGACAAGAGCGCAGGUGGCUUCUCCUAUGUAGAGUUUCUUAUCCAUGUUCAUAGGCAAAUUCAAAACAAAAUGACAUCAUAACGAGUAUAUGGCAGCUUCAAUUUUGCAAGCUUUUAGACCUAAAUGAUAGAGCAAGCCCCAAGUAUAGGUGAAAUUUUGCAUAUUUAUAUGCGCAUUCAGAUCCUCGAGUUUGUCAGAGGAAAACCAGACGAUACCAGUUUUUGUCAAGUUUUGUUGAUGUACAUGUAUAAGCUAUAAUUAAUGUUGGUGAUAGUUGGAUUUUUCUGAGAAGUUUUUAUUUAUUAUUUUUUUUGGAUUAUAUAGUUACCUGACAAA